CCACAAUACACAACAUCGCUCAUCUGCAACAUCCCAUCAUAUUGAAAAUAGUUACAUAAAUCUUAUUUUUUCUAAUUCUUGGAAAAAUUCGCUUGAAAAUUAUUACUCGAAUCUAGUCAAAAAAUAUCUUCCCAUUUUUUGCGAUCAUGUCAACCAACGUAGUUCCACAAGUCAAUAAUCACACAAGGCGCGACAAUUUUCGGACUAUAAAAACUUUAUCCAAAUGUCUGCUGGCAGUUUGGGUGACAUUUUCUGUGUCAUACCUUAUAAUGUGCUACUUUUUUUGGGGUCAAUUCUUGGACAGGAUAUCCGUCGUGGACAAGGACGAAUGGGACGGGGUCGAGUGGGACGGAAACGUGACAUUCGAGACGUUGAGAAACGCCGGGUUUGGCGAGGAGGUCACCUUUCUCGAGAAGAAUGUCAUCGGACCCUUUGUUAAUCGGGGUAUUUACGCCAUCACGGGACAGCGCGGGUUGGGCGGUCUGCUUCUGCACGGGGACACGAAAAGUUUCACGCUUUUUGCAACCGCGAUUUGGAACGAGGUACGGAGAAGAAAGGGUGAAGUGACGCUUUAUCGGAAAACGGGAGCAUUGCUUCGAUCCAUAUGUACGACACGGGAGAACACCUGGAUAAAGGAAUACUUUGAGCUGGUUUUCACUGGGGGGAUGGAGCAUCAACCGGCACUAAUUUAUUUGGGAAGAAUCGACCCAUUGUUUGGAAAUGAUUGGUAUCUAGGUGUUAACAUAGCGGAAGAUUUGUUCGAACGAAUAGAAGACGCAAGGGAUAAAGAAAUCAUGACAAUUGCUGGUGUCGACUACAUGUGGAAAGUGACACAAUUUAAUUUAUACGAACCAUUCAAAGCUUUCACUCAAGUGCUUCAUAUCCCGACAUUGCUUUCUCUUUCGGAAAGGAGGACACUUUUGGAGGAAUGUGUUGCCAAGUGGGUUCGGAAGCCGAGUGACGAGAUGUUGGACUUGCUGGCAGACGCGACUGGGAUCCUGGUACGCAACAAGUUUGAUCUUGACGCCAAAAUUGUGAAGGUUUGUCAAGUCGCGUAUAAAAAUGGGGUGGAAGGCUGGAAGAAGAAGAAUCUUGGCGAGUCGAUAAUAAGAGGGGAAGAUAUCAAUCCAUCCUGGAAGGACUGGGAGGCUUCUUUCAGGUCGGUUUUGAAAGAAGAAGAAUAA